GUGGAAGUGCAAGGUCUGGCACGUUGGUUUCAGGGCUCGGCUUAUGGUUGUCACUCUGGUGACAAAAUUAGGUGACGGAUUCAGGAGUGACCCUGUUUGUGAUUUGGAUAUUGUAUGCCUGGAAAGUUUUUGCAAAAAUGGCAUUCUUUAACACAAUCCUGAGAACUUUAAGAUUUCCUGCAUUUCACACUUUGGCACAAGAAAGAUGCACCAGAUUGUUCUUAAAAAAUCUUAAAACAUUCUCACAAUGUAGGACUUUAAAUCUGUCCCACCAUCUAAGGAAAGAAGAAGGUCUCAACAUAGACCCCAAAGAAAAGUUAGAUCUGGAAGAGUGGAAAACUGUUAUGAGAUCCAGUCCACAAGACAAUAAAAAUGAACAAGAGUUAGAAAGCCAAGAGGAUUCAUCGCUCUCUGGAAUGCGGGAGCUGGUAGAGAUGUGGAGACUGGCAGGCAGAGCUGUACCUGAGGUAAUAACUGCAGAGCAGCUAAAAGUCCUAAAUGAGCUUUCUACCAAAAGUUCACGGAAAAAGUACUUAAAAUUUCUUUCACUAAAGGAAAUUUUAAAGAAAAAAAAGAAAGAGAAAAAAUCUGAAAAUAGGAAGUCCACUGUAAACGAUUUCUAUGAUUCAGAAGAAAAGGAAGAGAAAAAUGAAAUUAAGAAUACUUUAUUCUUGCAGUUCUGGGAGAGAUCUAUGGAUAACCUUCAGCGUUGGAGAGCUGCGCAAGCAAUGCUAUUUGGGCAACCUUUAAUUUUUGAUAUGGCUUAUGAAAAUUAUAUGUCACGUAUUGAAUUACAAAAUACUGUGAAUCAGCUCAUGGAGUCUGAGGGUUGGAACAGAAGAGCUGCUGAUCCUUUUCACAUAUACUUUUGUAAUCUUCAGGCUGAUGGCCCAUACCAUAAAGAGCUGGUGAAGCGAUACAAUGGAGCUUUUGAGAAUAUUUUAAUCACUGCUACUGACAAAUCCCAUGUAGAUUUGUUUCCAAGAGAUCAUCUUAUCUACUUAACAGCAGAUUCUCCAAAUGAACUAAAAACAUUUGACCACAAUAAAGUAUACAUUGUAGGUUCCCUAGUUGAUAAGUGUCAACAGACAGGAGUAUCGUUGGCAAAUGCCAAGCGUCUAAAACUUGCCACUGCACGGCUACCACUAGACAGAUACCUAAAGUGGGAUGUUGGUGCUAAAAAUCUCACUCUUGAUCAAAUGAUACGUAUUCUGACGUGUAUAAAGGACACAGGAGACUGGGAAAAAGCCUUGUCAUAUGUCCCAACCAGAAAACACAGUGGUUUUGUUGGACCAUCUCAUUCUCAAAAGAAAAGAACAUCCAAACACAGUAAAAUGUAUGAGUUUGGUAAAACCUUAAAUCACUCAGAAAAGGUGCAACACCCCCCCCCACCAGACAACACAGAAUAGAUGGUGGGAAAAGGAAUAGCACUGCAUAGUUUCUAAUAAAUUCAUGAAUCUAAGUACUGUUUUUUUCUUCUUGGUUCAAGUGAAAUGUACAUUACAUAUGGACCCAUUGUAAACAUAUGAAUUAUAACAUUUAUAAGGCACACUGAUUUUAAGGGACAAGCAUUUUAAAAAUGUAAUAGUUGUCUCUUCCACAGCUAGUACUGAACUUGAAAUAAACAAGAUUUAAUUUGACAAAAAUGUUACGUUGAGCUAGAAAACUUUUCUGUGAGAAACUUCAGGAAGAUGUAAAAGCAUGGCCAUUUUAAACUUGCCAUUUGUAGAUUUCUGUGUUUAAAGAAACAUUAAACUGCUGAGCACAACUAAUAAUAA